AACUUGUCUUUCAUUGGUCAGCGAGGAGGAAGUAUGCGGCUCUAACAUUGUUAGCUCGAAUGGCUAGGUCCCGACAGAAAAACAUAUUUACAUUUUGUGAAGAAAAAAAAAUACAAACAAACAAAAAACACGUCUGUUGAUUAUUUUUGAGACAAGGUUACAGCCUUCGUGAGGAUAUAUCAAUUGCACAUGUUUUCUGGGUUUUGGUUAACACUAUUUACGGUCCGAAUUCAACAAUACAAUAAUGUAAUUAGCCUUUAUUAGCAAACUGAAUGGACCGUGAGCCACCGUGGAGCUAAAGCAGCUAACAGUAAAGUCUUAAUCAGUGUUUCCAACAAGGGUCAUGGUGGCCCAGCAGAGGACCGAGAGACUGAGGAAAGUUAGAGUACUACUGACCAAGUUCCAGGCAGCAGAAAACAUAAGAUUCAAAUUAUAAGACUGAAACCUUGAAUGAGUAAAACAUGUGUAGACGAGUAUUGUGAAAAGGAGAAUCCCAGGUGGAGCGAGGAUGACUGAGAUGAUGAAGGUUGAAGCAGACGAACCGGGAGGGUUCAGCUUGAAGCCCUCCAUGCCUGCAGCAUCCACAUCAGAACUGGAGGAAAUACAAGACAGCAAAUAUCUCAUUUUACCUGUCUAUCAGACAAUGGUGAUUAAAGAAGAGGUUCCUGGUGAUUGGAGCUCCAAUUUGGACCAACAAAAUCCACAAUCCCCCUGCAUAAAGAAGGAAGAAGAAGAACUGUGGAUCAGUAAGGAGGAAGAGCAGCUUUCUGUGAAGACUGAAAAUGAAGAGAAGCCUCUGUUAUCAGAGCUUCAUCAGAUUGAAACUGAAUAUUAUAGAGAGACAGAAGCUCCAACCAGCAGCUUAGCUGAACAAAUGGAAAUACAAUCUGAAGAAGAUGACUGCAUAAGACCAGAAUCAGACAAGAAUCCAGAUUGUUCCUCUGGAGAAAAUAAAAUAAUAGUUCACAAAAGAGGUAAACGAUUCAAACUGUGUUCCAAAUCUAUGGCUCAGAUUGAAAUCCAUGGUGGAGAGAAGCCAUUUGGUUGCAGUAUAUGUGGCAAAAGAUUUAAAAGUAAGAAUCAUGUUAGAUUACACAUCAUGACUCACACUGGAAACAGAGAACAUAGCUGUGAUCUAUGUGGUAAAGGAUUUUUAGUGAAGGGUCAUCUUCACACUCACAUGAGACUCCACACUGGAGAAAGACCAUUUGCCUGUGAUGACUGUGGUAAACGAUUUCGAGCAAAGACAAAUCUUAAAACUCACAUGAAGGUCCAUUCUAGAGACAAGCCCUUUUCUUGUGAUGUUUGUGGAACAAAAUUUAAGAGAAAAGAAACACUUACGAAACACAUUUGGAUCCACUCUACAGAAAAACCCUUUAUCUGUAAUGUUUGCAAAAGAGGAUUUUCACGACAAAAGAGUCUAAAAAGUCACAUGUAUCUUCACACAGGAGAGAAACCGUUUAUUUGUAGUAUUUGUAGUAAAGGAUUUGCAGUACAGGAGAAUCUAAAGAGUCACAUGUGCGUUCACACUGGUGAGAAACCAUUUAUUUGUGGUGUUUGCAGUAAAGGAUUUCGUCGACAUGGAGAUCUAAAGAGACACAUGCGUGUUCAUACAGGAGAGAAGCCAUUUAUUUGUGCAGUCUGCAGUAAAGGAUUUUCACAACAAAUUCAUUUAAAGAGCCAUAUGCUCGUUCACACUGGGGAGAAACUAUUUAUUUGUAGUUUUUGCAGUAAAGGAUUUUCACAACCAGAAACUUUAAGGAGACAUAUGCGUGUUCAUACAGGAGAGAAAGAGUUUAUUUGUAAUAUUUGUAGUAAAGGAUUUUCACUAAAACAACAUCUUAAAAACCACAUGGAGGUUCACACUGCACCAUUUAGCUGUAGUGAUUGUGGAAAACGUUUUGUUAGGGAAAUCCAGUUACAGCGACAUGUGAGACUCCACUCAGAUGAGAGACCUUUUGGUUGUGAUGUCUGUAAGAGCAGAUUCAACCAAAAGUGUCAACUUGAAAAUCACAUGAGAGUCCAUUCAGGAGAGAAACCGUUUGUGUGUGAGGUUUGCAGCAAAGCGUUUUCACAACAAGGAAAUCUGAAGAAACACAUGGGUGUUCAUGAGGGCUGUAAUUAAAUAUUUUAACAUUUGACUAGUCUGCCAAUAUUUUAUAUAUAUACAGUACAGACCAAAAGUUUGGA